CCGACACACCACAGCUCGCCGCCGCCUCGCCUGCCAGAUGCCAUGACACAAAUGGCGCACCACAGCUCGCCGCCGCCUCGCCUGCCAGAUGCCAUGACACAAAUGGCGCACCACAGCUCGCCGCCGCCUCGCCUGCCAGAUGUCAUGACACAAAUGGCGCACCACAGCUCGCCGCCGCCUCGCCUGCCAGAUGCCAUGACACAAAUGGCGCACCACAGCUCGCCGCCGCCUCGCCUGCCAGAUGCCAUGACACAAAUGGCGCACCACAGCUCGCCGCCGCCUCGCCUGCCGGCGCUGGUAGCUUCUCCGCCUCCGCCUCCGCCUCCGCCUCCGCCUCCGCCUCCGCCUCCAGCUCUGCCGCCAACGCCGCCGCCCGGGCGCCCACAAACGCCACGGCCUCCUCCCCUCCCGCCACAUACGAACAGAGCGCCUCCGAAAAGUAGCGCCCCGCGUAAGGCUCCAUCAGUGCUUCGUAACGCAGGCGCGUUUCGGCAGCCGGUCCACGACUCUUGCCCGUCCACCCUCGUUUCUUCAUCCCAAAUUCGCAGAGCACGCGCACCAGCCCUUCCGGCAAGCGGGGCGCCGCCGCGCGGAGCGCCUGCGGCGCGGAAUGCGGCGGCGGGAAGCGGAGGGUGGCGCCGUCGGCGUCCGUCCCGUAAAAGACGAGGCGCGCCAUCGGCCGGCGUGACUGGAGCUGCGGCUUGCCCGCGGCGGUGA